CCCACAGACAACCCAAGCAGAGCUGCGGAGCCUCAGCUCCUAGCAUCCCUCCUGGCGGCUGCUUGCUGGGCGUCCCAAACCUUGGGCGGUGAAGGGCGGAGCUGGAGCCUGAGCUGUAGGGUCAAGUGGUACCCAGGGAAAUGAAGCAGGCCCUAGUGGACGAUACUGAGGAUGUGUCCCUGGACUUCGGCAAUGAAGAGGAGCUGGCUUUUAGGAAGGCCAAGAUCAGGCACCCUCUGGCCACCUUCUUCCACCUGUUCUUCCGAGUGAGUGCCAUUGUCACCUAUGUGUGCUGUGACUGGUUCAGCAAGAGCUUCGUGGGCUGCUUCAUCACCGUACUUCUCCUUCUGUCCUUUGACUUCUGGUCUGUGAAGAAUGUAACUGGAAGACUCAUGGUGGGUCUUCGAUGGUGGAACCAGAUAGAUGAAGACGGGAAAAGCCACUGGAUAUUUGAAGCCAGAAAGGUCUCUCCGAGCCACAUGGCUGCCACUGAGGCAGAGGCGCGCAUCUUCUGGCUUGGCCUCAUCAUCUGCCCUGUGAUCUGGAUUGUCUUCUUCUUCAGCACCUUGUUCUCCUUGAAGCUGAAGUGGCUGGCUCUUGUGAUUGCUGGGAUUUCCCUCCAAGCUGCCAACCUCUAUGGCUACAUCCUUUGUAAGAUGGGGGGCGAGGGUGACAUCAGUACAGUUGCGGCCAGCUUUCUGUCCCAGACAGUGUUCCAGACGGCAUCCCCAGGUGACGUUCAGAAGCCUAGGCUUGAAGGACUGGACAUCCACCAGCGUUAGGCCCAGGGGCAGGUGGCUGGGGUUUCAUGGAGGUGGAUCUGAAGUACCUGCCCCAGGCCUCACUGUGGCUGCAGCCUCUAAGGAACUCUGAGGGUCCAGCUCUGACCCACCACUGCUGCUCCUGAGCUGCUGACGGCUGUGCAAGCAGUAUAAACCCCUCAGACUCACCGAUGAGUGGAUCCAGCGGCACUCUGCCCAGAAGAGGGAUCUUCAGGUCCUGGCACAUGGCCUCUGCACCCCCAGUUGUAGGAGGAAAGAUCUGAGACUCUUUCUGUGAAGCAGAAAGAGAAGGAAGUUUUAUUCUGCUUCUGUAUCUUAGGACACAGUAGUUUCCAGAUGUUUUAAAACAGUGGCUGAUUUUUGGAUGUGAAACUCCAAAGCAUCUUCACUCAGGCAGAGAAGGGCUUGAUGGAAACCCCUCCCUUCCUGACACAACAGGGAGAGCAGAAACUAGAGAAGCAUCCCUGCUGUUUCCCCACUAAGACAAGGGUGUGUAGUGUCCCCAUCCCAGGACCAUUACCUUGCACUUGGGGCAAAUGAAGCCACUCAUGUUCUCCACCACACCAAUAAUGGGCAGCUUCACCUUGUGGCAGAAGUUUAUCUCUUUCCGGACAUCCUGGAGGGCCACCUCCUGGCAAAGUUCACAGAGCAGUUAUCCCACAGCCACAGGGCACUGGAAGACACGUGUGGUCCAGGGGAUGGCCAUGACACUGGGCACACCAUCAAGUGCUGGGGAACGUGACCAUGGCUUGGUGCUUACUCACCUGAGGGGUGGUGAGGAUCACCGCUCCAUCAAUGUGUGCCGCAGCCAGAUACUGGACAACAGAGAGAUGUUCAUCGGAUGUGCCAGGUGGGGUGUCUACAAUGAGGUAGUCGACAUCUCCCCAGUCUACAUCACGGAGGAACUGCUUGAUCAUGCCUGGAAGGGAGCAAGGCUGAGUGUGUGCCCUCCUGCACACAUCUCCAGAAGGACCUUUGAGUCUGCACGAGCAUUCCUACACUCCCUCAACAAGUGAAACUGUUGUCCCCAGGGGUCAGGAGGUGAGACCUGCAGACAUGUUGGGUGGCCAUGAUGAGGUCAGGAGUGCUACUAUCAUUAUGUUAUGUAUGGUGCGGACAUGUUGCCCCAACAGACUCAUGUGACUGAAGUGUCAGUAAUGAGAGAAAGUGGCUGCCCCAGGCCAUGCUUUCUGCAUGCCCUUGUUUCCCCUACACUGACCCAGCAAGGGGGUUUCACUUCACACUUCCCUCCUUGAUACAAACCAGCUACGUGACACACCACAAAUAACUUCAGGACUCUGAAAGUCCUAAGAGCAGAAGAACCCGCAGCAGGUACUAACGUGUCUACACUGAAACUGGCAUUUCUCAUACCAGGUGAAGCACUGGUAUGCAGGACCUGGGCUCCGUCCCCAGUACCAAAGCAAUAGCAUUAAACACCACUGAACCCAUGCCUGAAAUCUCCCUGACAGUCUGGAUGUAGGCAGAACAAGGAAUUUGAGCUAGAGGAGCAGAGUGACAAACCAUUUUUCUUUGGUCCCCUCCAGAUGACAGCAUCAUCAGGGCUGCUGAGCAGGAAACCCACAGACAUCACCCCCAGGUUGUCCUCCACGUACUGCAGAGGGAAUGGGGAAAAUGGGGAGAAACGUGUUUGCUUGUGGGAACAGGGCACAACACAUCUACACAAACCACAUGUGGGUACUUCCCAGAGGAUUUGGUAAAGAACAAAAUUUUCAAGAUGGAGGUAUCAUGUGCCUCACAUCUACGCUUGCUCUUUACAGCCUUAGGUGCCCAUGGUGAGAUCUACAAGAGGCCAUGCUGGCCUGUGCCUCAACGACAGGUUAACGAAGCUAAAACAAACACCAUCUCCUCAGGUGUCCUAACUGGAUGAGCAGAGACCUCACAAUCAGGUCUUGGAGGUGAGGUUUGACUGGGACACACUGUGGUCAUUCAGUUUCACACCACUUCGUAGCCAUGGAACCAGAGAGCACAGGUCCAUCAGCCCCAUACAGACAAGGCCUGCCAGUCCUUUGUUCUUACCUGCAUGCUUGGAAAACAGCCUCAGUAAACAUUCAAGUUGAGCAAUAUUUAUGCCAACCCCACCUCCAAUAGCCCAUCAGAUACACCUAACUCACCCCCUGCCCCCCAGGAAGGCUAACUCACCACUGGAGACCAUCCGGAGCCACUCUGGUGAACCUAUGGGGACAUGAUAGUCAUUCUUAUCACUGUGCACUCUGGUCACAUCAUCACUGACAAAGUGUCCAAAGAGGAUGGUUUCACAGUGUGAUUCACCAUCCUAUACUGCAUCACUCAAUAAAAAAGGUCUUUAAAUGA